UACAAAAAAGACAAGCAAGAUCAUCAUUUCAGUGGAACCUACACACUUUCAAAAAAGGAUUCGGCUUUAUUCAUGAACAAUCAAUCUACUUCUCUUGAAUCUGAAUUCUUCUUAACCUUGCGGAUGCUGGACAGAUGUAGGGCAGAUCCAGCAUCCAAUUUUCUGCUGAAGACCAGACAGAACACUCAUCUGUCUUUAGUUCCACACUCUGUCACCUUCACCCUUUCAAUCAUCUUGCCAUUAUGUGAUGGAAAGAUCAGUCCUUAUAAUGCAACAUAUGGUUCGGACUAAGAUCUGAGCUUACCUCUAUAGAGAAAGAGAUAGAUAGAGAGUGAGGUUGUUUCUUACAUGAUCUGACAGGUGCACUCUCUCAUUCAUUUUCUGCCAUGAAUACACAGCUAGAAUUCCAGAAAAAAGGCUAAGGUCAGGUUUGAUGUGAUCUGUGAAGGACAGACUCAGGCUUAUGUGUGAAGUAAGUGCAAAUGAGAGGUGGAUUUACCCUCCCCUUCAUAGAGGAUGAAGGCAUAAUCAUAGCAUUUAUGUAGAUAAACAUAUGCAGAUGUCAGAUUCAGCAUGCUGUGGCUAGGGCAUAUGAAAAUAGGCUAUGAGCACAGCAUCAGCAGCCAUAGGCAUAAGUACUUAAUAAUUGUGUAGAGUGAUAUACAUGUAAAUGCAUCUGCAUUGUAAUUGUGGGAAUGCCUUUUUAUCUAGAUUAACAUUGGAAUAGACUUUUACUCAAGUCAGUACUGCAACAGGAACUAGUCACAGAAAUGGAAAAAUCUGUAUCUGUCAUGAGGAAUUAUUUUCUUUUUAAAUAAAUAGUUGAAUAGCAACAUGUUGUUAACCAUUUAAAUAGCAUCACGUAUAUGCUACUGUCUGCUAUAGAGUACAGUGUGUUGUUAUAUGUAAAUUAAGGGAACAAUCUCUCUAAUAAUAGAAUCAAAGUGUGUAAGAAGAGAUCUCUCGGGAAUACAGAGAGGAAAGUAAACAUUUGUUUAUUGCAUCUUUAAUUUAAUUAUUCAUGUCUCAGUCUACAAUUACUGGCAAACACACUAGGGAAUUUAUUAGACUUUAAGCAUAACGCAUCGCUUCUCUUUGAUUUUAUUAUUUAGAUACUGUAUUGGGAUUUCUUAUAUUUAUUCUGUCAUAGAUUGAUUUCGGUUAUAUGAGCAUUUGGGAAACAACAUCUGCCCAUCUGUAUAAUCUAAUGCUACCUCAUUCCCAUCAUUAUAAUUCAUAAGUCAUAUGCAAAGUUUUACAGACAAUAUGCCAACAACAUUCAUCCAACAACAUUCAUCCAAAUGUAAACAGCUUUCCUAAGUGUAUAUCUGGGAACAGAUUCAAAGAAACAAUUGACCAAAUCACACAGAGGGGCCGUUCAUUAACGAUCAAUCCUGACGUUCCUCACGGCUGGAUGUGACACACUCCUCUGAUCCUGCUUCCCGGGUUGGACCUCAAUUAAAACAGCAGCAAGGCCUGAAUUAGGGAAGCAGACAAAGAACAGAACAUCAAAGCCCUUUCAUGGAGUGCAGAGCCUUAACCUCUGAUCUCAGGGAGGGAUUUCUGUAAUUGGGUAGCAGGGAUUGCCAGCUACAUUGUGUGAUAUCGGGGAAUCAGGAAGAGCAGAGCAUCAAGGAAUCAACCCAUCAGGAAACGACGAGCCAGAAUGGGCUGCAACAUGUGUGUGGUGAACAGGCCGGAGGAACAGUAUAGGAUUAUGUUUCAGAAGGGAAAUACUAUGCGUCCAAUUCAUGCAGAAGUAAAGCUGAAAGGCAGAAGAACAUCUAAUCUGUCCCAGGAUAAGGAUGGGCAGCCCCAUGAUCCUUUGCUUCUUCAGGUGGUACAUAAGGGUCACAGGAGGAGAUUGGGUGCCACUGCUGGCACAGCCCGGCUCAUGGCUAUCACAGACUGCAUGGACAGUGCAUCCCAGACCGACAUCAGCUUCCAGAACCUUCUGCAUGGGGACAUAGGGUCUUACCCAAGCAGUGGAUCACCCAUGCCCCCACCCUCUCCUCCACUCACCCAGCUGGUGGAGCCAUACCUGCUCAAUAACCUUUGUUCUCUAGGGCAGGAAUAUGGAGAUCCAAAUGACUACUUCAAUGCCACUAACCAUGAGGUGGAUCAACAAGAAGAGUUGGAAUAUGAGGAAGUGGAGCUGUAUAAGUCGAGUCAGCAGGAUAAACUGGGUCUAACAGUCUGUUACCGCACGGACGAUGAGGAGGACCAGGGCAUCUACGUCGGGGAGGUAAAUCCACACAGCAUAGCAGCAAAAGAUGGAAGAAUCAGAAAGGGUGACAGAAUACUGCAGAUAAAUGGUAUGGAGGUUCAGAACAGAGAGGAAGCCGUGGCCAUUCUGACCCAAGAGGACAGCACCAACUUCUCAUUACUGCUGGCCAGACCAGAGAUAGAGACAGACACUCAUUUGGACCCAGAGGAACUCGAUUGUGAAUUACCUGCAGAAAUGAGCACGGAAAGCCUUAACACCUCCCCCCUGUCUGGCCUUUACCAUUUGAGCCAACAGAGAACCCAAGCGAGCAUUCCCGAGGAAGCCUCACAUCGGGAGACUCCCAUGCUCAGCCUAGCCACCCCCAGCAACAGUCAGGAGCUAGACAGUGGUGUGGGCCGCACUGACGAGAGCACAAAGAACGAAGAGUCCUCCGAGCAUGAUAUUCUUCUGGGUGAAGAACAGACCAGCACCUCCAACACAAACGCCACCAACACGCCCGCCAGCUUGCGCAAGCUCAGGCCAGGCAGAAAAGGCGGAAGUGACACUCCUUCCCCGCUGUUUCCUUUCAGAGAGCUGAACCUCAGCACUGACUCACUGGAUUGUGGAAGCAUUGCUGGAGGGUACCUUCACGACCCUGUCAGCGGGAUGAUGAUGCCUGGCCUGACAGAGGAGGAAUGCAAGAGGUACAAGCAGCUUCUAGAGAUCAAGUGUCGCUAUGAGAAGAGGAUGAAGAGUGUGAAGAAGGUGCAACAGAACGAAGGAGGAACACAAGAAGAAGAUGAGGUUGUAGAGGAGCCGGCUCUUGAUGAGAACAGUAAUGAGAACCUCAUGAUGCCAAAUCCACACGAAAUGGCGCUUUUGGAAGAGGAAAUGAGGCACCUCGAGUUUAAGUGUCGCAAUAUUCUGCGUGCACAGAAGAUGCAGCAGUUAAGAGAGCGCUGUUUGAAAGCCUGGCUAAUGGAGGAAGAAACAUCUGGACGGGUUUCCGCUGAACCACAGGGAUCUCUGCAGCAUGAGUUGUCUGACAUCAAUGAACUGCCUGAGAAGGAACGAUCAGACAAGGACAGCACUAGCGCUUACAACACUGGGGGAGAGAGCUGCAGGAGCACACCCAUGGUAAGUGAACAUCGACUUCCUGUUUCUCAAAUGAACGAGUCAACAAGCCCUCUACCUAGUAGACACAGGGACCAACCAAACUGGAAUGAAAGAAGACGAGCAAGCCUCAACAAUUCUUAUUCACCUACCAGCUACAAGAAGUUUCACACAAACACCGCUACCAACCAGAAUUUCCGCUCACUUUCAAGAGACGGCACUGUCCGAUGCUUACCAGAGGGCAUGACGCAAGUCUGCAAUUCAAGGGUAAGCAAUCAUGACAGAAAUGGUGGUCGUAGUGCCGAGUCCAGUCCUUACUUCACCCGACGCAGACAUUCCAAUUGCCUCACUCCAGAACAGUACCAGAGUUGCAUGCAUCUGGGAUCCUCACUUUCGGAAAGCUCUGGACUCCUGGAUAGAGCUGUGGAGGGAGAGAGUGAGGCCCCAAUUGGUGGUAGUGACCAUGAGGGCCCCAUGAUCCUGCCUCAUCCUAGCCCAGUGAAGUUCUCUCUGGCCUUACCUCUGCUGCUUCCCCCUGCCUCACCACACAUGGAAUGGAAAGUGAAAAUCAGGAGCGAUGGGACCCGCUACGUGGCCAAACGUCCAGUCCGAGACCGACUCUUGAAGGCUCGCGCAAUGAAGAUCCGAGAAGAGCGUAGCGGAAUGACUACUGAUGAUGAUGCCAUGAGUGAAAUGAAGAUGGGACGCUACUGGAGCAAAGAAGAGCGGAAGCAACAGCUGCUGAGGGCUCGUGAGCAGCGAAGACGCAGAGAGUUUAUGAUGCAGAGCCGCAUAGAGUAUCUGCGAGAUCGGGGGCUGGAUGCAGGCAGGGAUAGCCAGUUGCAGACAGGCCAGACACCAGCCUCCAUUCUGGAGCUCAGCCAGAAAAAAAGCUCAAAGAAACGCAACCGACGCAUUCUGGACAACUGGAUCACAAUCCAAGAGCUACUGGCCCAUGGCUCUCGCUCUCCAGAUGGGACGAAGGUGUACAAUCCUUUAUUGUCUGUUACCACAGUCUGAGAGGAAAGAAUGGAUCAAUAAUCAACUUAAUGGAACUGUUCACCCCACAAUUUAAUUUUG